CGUAAUGGAGCGUCUCGAGCCGCUCCUCUUCUCCGCGCUCCUCAGCAGCAACUUCCUAGUCUCCUCUGUGGUUUUCUCGGCCAUCAGCCGGGUGCAGAGGGCUCCUUACAUGGACGAGAUUUUCCACGUCCCGCAGGCGCAGCGGUACUGCGACGGGAGAUUUUCCGAGUGGGAUCCAAUGAUCACAACUUUACCUGGCCUCUAUCUGGUGUCUACUGGGAUAAUCAAGCCAGUAUCUUGGCUGAUGGGUUGGACAGGGAGUAUAGUAUGUUCUACAGGAAUGCUACGAUUCGUUAAUCUUCUGUUCAAUACUGGCAACCUCUACUUGCUUUAUCUGCUCUUGUGCAAGAUACAUCAGAAGGACAAGGCCACCUGUACAUUCCGGAGAAUUAUGUCUGCAUUAACACUUGCCUCAUUUCCCCUGCUUUACUUUUUCUCAUUCCUCUAUUACACAGAUGCAGGCUCAACAUUCUUCAUUUUAUUUACUUAUCUGAUGUGCCUAUAUGGGAGUCAUAGUAUUGCUGCAUGCCUUGGAUUCUGUGCCUUUAUGUUCCGUCAGACUAACAUCGUCUGGAUUAUAUUCUGUGCAGGAAGUGUUGUCGCACAGAAAUUGACAGAAGCAUGGAAGAUUGAUUCUCUCAAGAAAAGGGAUGAAAAGACAGUUAUUCUAAACUCCACUGUGGAGAUCAAGAAGAUUGUGCGCUUCCUGUUAGAGUAUGUCCUAUCGUUUAACAAUCUGAAAGGACUGAUAUUUCUGACCUGGCCAUACAUCAUCUUAGUUGUGGGAUUUCUGCUGUUUGUCUCCCUGAAUGGAGGAAUAGUUAUCGGUGACAGGACCAACCACGAGAUCUCUCUCAACUUUCCUCAGUUAUUCUACUUCUUUUCUUUCACCCUAGUAUUCUCCCUUCCUCAUCUGCUUUCCCCUCAUAAGAUAAUAACUUUCCUAAGUUCAGUAAAGAAGCAACCUUUAUUUUACCUUUUUCUUGUAGUUGUCUCCUUGUUGUUGAUUUGGAAGUUCACUUACAUUCAUAAGUUUUUGCUGGCUGAUAACAGACAUUACACAUUUUAUGUUUGGAAAAAUAUCUUUCAGAGGCACGAACUAAUCAAGUAUAUGUUGGUCCCAGGGUAUAUCUUUGCUGUUUGGACAUUCAUUGAAACAUUGAAGUCCAAAUCAAUUUUCUGGAACUUAGCGUUUUUUAUCUGUUUGGCUGCUGCUACUGUUCCACAAAAGUUAUUAGAAUUUCGUUAUUUCAUUGUGCCAUAUCUUAUCUUCAGACUGAACAUCCCAAUGCCUUUGGGCUUUAAGAUUCUUGCGGAGCUGGCUGUGUAUUCUGUACUAAAUGUGCUAACUGUUUACUUGUUUCUCUACAAAACCUUCCAGUGGCCAGGUAGCGAAGAAGUUCACAGGUUUAUGUGGUGAUGUUUGGGAACACUUUUUAUUUGGCUUUAAAAGAUCAUGUACAUAAAUGGUUAACAUUCUUCAGAAAUACUUAACCAUAAUCAAAAUAUUUGUAAUGUCCACAACAUUUGGAAGAAGAUCUUUCUUUAAAUUUUUUUUCCUAUGUAGUUGUGUAUUUGGAAUACUGUGUUCAUGAUUUUUUCUGCCAAAUUCUGUAAUUAGCAUGAUAACAUCAUUUAUUCAAAUCUGUUCAUGUAAACAUUUGUUUUCGUCACAUGCACUAUAUUAGUCUUGAUUGUGCUGUUUCAAAAGCAAGUUACUAACCUGACUGAAUUACAGAUACAUUUAAUGUUAUUAUAUUUUGAUUAUACAGCAAAAGUACUUCAAGACCUUAUGGUUAAAAGAGUUUGUGAUAUUCUGUUUUAUCCAUUUGAAAUGGUGACUCUGCUUAUUGGGCAAACAGUUUUAUCUCAUUUUAGCAUUACAACCUAUUCAGUUCUGCAUGUUAUCACUUUUAUUGUGUAUGUAUUAAACUGAGGGAUUGAGGACUAGUAUAAAUAUUAGAUAUUUGCAAACUGAUGUACUGAUCUUUUAAUGUUUUCCACAAUUAGACCUGUGUUAGAGAAAUUAUUAUUCUUGAUUUCACCUGGUGUAUUCUAGUCACGUUUGCUGUAUCACGUUUUGUUUGAUAUUGAACUUGACUGCCGGUUGUUAUCUCACAGCUUUUAUCUGUGGCUUUUUUUUCUCAAUUGGUGCAAUUUAUCUAUUUUAAUGAUUUUUAAUAAUUAAUUUUUUUUUUUUGCAGACGCUCUGUAGUCACUGAGUUAGAGGGAGAGGGAAAGAUUUAGUCAUUUCCACAGAGAACUCUUAGAAAGUCUUUGAAGACAUUUGGGAAACGGGAUUUUAUUUCUGGUCCCCAUAAGAAAAGGUGUUUAAUUUGUCUACUACAAGAAGGAAAUUAUUUAGGUAGGUUUUAACUUAUGAAAAUAUUACUUGUAUUUAAAUAAGCAGCUGUCAUAUCGUUAGAAUAUCCCAAAGUGUUCUGCAGCCAAAGAAUGACUUUUGAACUGUAGUCAUCAUUGCUUUGUCAGCACAUGCAGCAGCCAGUGUGCAUACAAUAUGGUCCCAGAAAUAACAGUAAAGCGAGUAACUGGUCAAUCUGUUUGGUGUUGGGUGAGAGUUAGCCAAGACGAAAGGUCUUUCUUCUCAUCAGCUAGUUUGUGGUAUCUUUUAUGGAAUUUGGGCAUGGAUCUAAAAUCUCAUCUGAAAGUCAGCCACCUAUGUCAGUGUAAUGAAACAGUAUUAAUUACUGACUUCACAGUAAAGGAUCAAUUAGGUAACAACUGUAACAUGAUAUAAUGUCACAUUCAGUUUGAGGGUGAGAAAUUUGCGAUGAAAAUAGAGCCUAAAAUGUAAAGGCAAUUACAAAGGUUUGAAGACGGAAAUAACUGCACAGAGUCUGAUAUCCUGUCAUCAAGCCCCCCUUUAUUGUGCCAAUACACUGGCUGUGGCCAGCGGGUUCGGAGUCAGUCUCCUCAACUGAGGAGAUUCUGAAUCCCCUGUUUAUAUAUA